UCGUACUUGCAUCGCUGUUUCCCAUUCGCAAAACUCCAUCUUUUUUUUUUUUUUGGGUCGACGUUGAAGGUGAUAUCAUCUCUCUCGUAUUUCUUCUUACUUUUGGCUUCUCUUUCUCUUUCUCUUUCCUUUCCUUUUGUCGUUAUGCUGAAUGCAGAGGAAAUUGGGUUCUUUUGAGCAAUUCCGGUCAGUGAAGGUGGAUUUUUUUUUUCUUUUCUAUGAUUUGUUCGACUGGGGUUUAUUUGAAAGGUUCUCGCAUGGCGCAUUUGAGCUUUUGUCUUUGUACUGGCAUUGUAUACUACAUUAUCUAUUCUUUAAUUUGAUAUUUCAGUUUUUUUUUUUCAAUUCGUUGAAGGAUUGUUUGGUUCCUCAUACGGUUGCUGAAGUUGCCUUAUUUUUUACGUUCCUAAUUUCCAGCUCUAUAUUGGGCUUCAUCUGUUCGUUAUUUUCAGUGAGGGAAUUCUCUGAAAUUAAGAGAAUUUAGGGUUCACUUUCACUCCUAGCAUUUUCGCGCAGUGAAAGAAAUCUCAGAAUCAGACAGCUUUUCUUACUUUUUUUUUUUUUUUCUGUUUCUUUGAUUGGGAACGAUUUUGCUCGAGUGCUUUUAUUUGGUUUAGUCCUUGAAAAUGGAUUCCAAUGGAGAGGAGAAGGCUGGGUUGAUGGGAACUGAAAUUGAGGUGAAGGAUGGGGGCUUUCGGUCUAAAUUGAAAGCUCUUGGUAGCUUUGGUAGAAAAGACAUGUUUUUUAGAGCAGAUAAAAUUGAUCUUAAGAGUUUGGAUAUUCAACUAGCGAAGCAGCUGAAAAAUACUUGGUGCAAGCAUAAGGUUGAUAUGCCUGGGAAUCAAUGGGAGAUUGAUUUGUCUAAGCUUGAGCUAAGGUAUGAACUGGCAAGAGGGACGUAUGGUAUAGUUUACAAAGGAAUUUAUGAUGGUCGAGACGUUGCAGUGAAGUUGAUGGACUGGGGAGAAGAUGGAUUUGCUAGGAAUGCUGAAACUGUUGCUCUCCGGGAAACAUUCCAGAAGGAGGUCGCUGUGUGGCAUAAACUUGACCAUGCAAAUGUAACCAAGUUUAUCGGCGCAGCAAUGGGAACCAAUGAACUCAAAAUUCCACAGAAGAAUCCAACAAGCAAUGGCAACAAAUCUCUUCCGGCUCGAUCAUGCUGUGUUGUUGUGGAAUAUCUUCCUGGCGGGACAUUAAAACAAUUCCUGAUAAGAAACAGUAGGAAGAAGCUUGCUUACAAAACUGUAAUAAAAUUGGCAUUAGAUCUUUCUAGGGGAUUGAGUUACCUCCAUUCACAUAAGAUUGUUCAUCGUGAUGUCAAAACUGAAAAUAUGUUACUGGAUAGGAAUGUAAACCUUAAAAUUGCUGAUUUUGGUGUUGCUCGUGUUGAGGCACAAAACCCCAAGGAUAUGACUGGUGAAACUGGAACUCUUGGUUAUAUGGCUCCAGAGGUGCUUGAUGGUAAGCCUUACAACAGAAAAUGUGAUGUAUACAGCUUCAGCAUAUGCUUGUGGGAGAUUUAUUGCUGUGACAUGCCAUACUGGAAUCUUAGCUUUUCUGAAAUCUCCUAUGCUGUUGUUCGACAGAAUAUGAGGCCAGAUAUCCCCAGAUGUUGUCCAAGUGCAUUGGCAAACAUUAUGAGGAAAUGUUGGGAUCCAUGUCCUGAUAAUAGGCCUGAAAUGGAUGAGGUUGUGGGGCUUUUGGAGGCUAUCAAUACAAGCAAAGGUGGUGGUAUGAUUCCUGAUGACCAAGCCACCAAAUGCUUAUGCUUAUUUUCUUCCAACCUGAGACCAUAAUUCUCUUUCAGUUCUAUACUCUACUCCAGUUGUUUUUUACUGUAAAUUAUGAGAAGGUUUUUAUUUUAUUUUUUGUAUUUGAAUUUUGUUCAUUACCUUCAACUCUGAUCCUAAAUUUUGUUUUCUUAUUAUAUCAGGCAAUUUGAAUGUUAUCAUUGUUUCUUCAGCUCUUUAUUUUGCUUUCAAUGUAAUUUAUAGUUUUUUUUUGCCAGUCAAGUGGCCGGAAGGACCAUUAAUUAUGUUAUGCAUU